AUGUUGACUGAAUAUUUUAUGCUGAACCGCAAGGAUCCAGAAGCUAGGUCUUUGAUGUAUGCUGAUAUACCUACUGCUUAUACGUUUCAUGUUCGACCAAAGCACUGGUCCAAACGCAAGCAGGGAAAUGUGAUUGGCCGCAUAAUUUUCAUCCCACCCGGCACAACUGAUGUAUACUUUUUACGCAUGUUACUGACAAAAGUACCUGGCCCUACUAGCUUCGAGGACCUCAUGACAGUGAAUGGUAAGCUGUGCAAGGACUACAAAGAAGCAUGCAUGUUGAGGGGAUUCCUGAUAGACGAUGGAGAGCCAGAGGCAACCAUGAUUAAGGUCAGGCAGUGGGGAAUGCCAGCCUUACUAAGGUCGUUAUUUGUCAUGAUAUUGGUUCACUCCGAGGUUGCUGACCCAGGAAAGCUUUUCGAGACCAAUUGGAAACUCUUCGCAGAUGAUUUUUCCUACCAAGCAGGGCGCGGUCUGAACCUCCAACACUUCCAGGCACCAGAUGAGUAUUUGAAAAAUCAAGUGAUCAAACAUAUUGAGACUCUGUUGCAUAGCCAUUUUAGGUCACUAGCUGAUUUUGGCCUGCCACAACCCACAGAUUAUGCUCACUCACUGGUUUCCAACAGAUUGAUAUGCGAGCAGCUUAAUUAUGACGUAUGCAUGCAAAAACGCUUAGCAGAUGAAAUCUUUUCAGCAUUGAAUCGCGGCCAGCAAGAUGCAUAUCACAGUAUCAUGACUUCGGUUGAACAAGGUUUGGAGAAAUUUUUCUUCCUAUAUGGACAUGGUGGCACAGGGAAAACAUACUUAUACAAUACAAUAAUUGCAAAGCUUGCGAAGCCAACAACGGAUUGUCUUGGUCGUUGCAUCCUCAGGCAUUGCAGCCACUUUACUACCUGA